AUGACUGAGGAACACCGACGAUGGGCUCUUGUGAGGCGACAACCGACGCUUUGCAUGAUAUCAGAUCAUAGCCACUUCACAGAGUCCAGGUUGAGGCAAAAGUCCUACCGACAACAUCGGCGAAUUUUGGACCCGGCAUCAAGCAAGCAGGCAGUGGGAUAUCUCGGCAGAUUCGCUUCUCUGUACAACCUUGAUGGCCAAGCCCCCCUGGCUCUCGCUUCGGCUUUGACGCUUCCCCUACACAGCGAAACGACCUCGAGAGCUUCUCUUUCGAGAAUCGAAUGGGAGUACCGGUGUCUGACUCGCUACAUGAAGCUCAGCUCCCAUCCCUCGGUGCUUGCGGGGUUUUAUUGGGAGUUGGGCGUGGGGUGCAACCUAGUUAGUCCUUCAUAUGAUCCGAUAAUCAGCGUGGUCGAGCCCCCAUCAUCGAUCGAGGCGAGUCCGAGAUGCCAGGCCAUGUUCUGGCGCUGCGUCGGCUGA